ACCUGUGGUUAAAUAGAAAACGAGCUGGAUGAGGAGGCAGAGGAGGAGGGAGCGUGCCGGAGCCGGUCCGGGGUGAGACUCUCAUGGAGGCAGUGGUGGCUUCUUGGGCAUUUUCCGUGGCUUUGCCCCACCCAGGUUUCCACACCUGGAUUGUCAACUAGGGCCAGUUGUCACCAAUGUCAGUAAAGCUUGUUUUCUGGGGGUCAAGGUCUCAUGGAUUAAUUGGCUCUUGUUCAGCAAGCCCCUAACAGAUAAGUCGUCCAGCCACAUAUCAAGACAAGGUUCGGUUUUAAAAUUGCUCUGAAAAUGAUUAAAAGCCGUGUCUCGAUGUAACAUUGUCAGGGGGCGACGAGCAGCUUCAGAAUUUCCUCUUAACCCCGCAGCAGCUUGAGGAAGCCCCUCUCCGUCCAGGCUCCGUCCAGGAGGGCUGCAUGGCGAGCAGCCCCCACUGAAGGUGGAAGAUGAGUGUCCCAUUGGCUCCCAAGAAAUCAUAUUACACUCAAUUGCAGGACAACAGAAAGGGGGUGAAAAAUAAUAAUGAGAGUCUCCUAAGUCUGGGUGAUACUAAUGCCAAUCAGAUCCUGGUGGAGGGCGGUCCCUCUCGCGAUGAGUCUCAGACAUGUGACCUGACAGAUGAAAUUGGAAAUGCAAAUUCACAUGAGCCAGAAAACAGAAGCCAUUUCCAUAACGAAUUUCACUCACUUCAGGGCUUUGGGAAGGGACUACAGGCUGGCCCCAGCAGCCUGAAGGAUUUAAAAUUGUCUGCAGCUGUUCGUAGGGAAAUAAAUGAAGAGCACGCAAUUCAGAGAGGCACAGCUCUCCUGCAGCCCGCGUGGAGCGGACAGGGACCAAGUCUGGCAGGCUGGAGGUCUGUUACGGGUGAGGCCAGUCCAGACGUUUUGACUCCAAAAGGCACCGAAACUCCCCGACAUGCUCCCAAGGAUAAACUGGCAAAGACGCUGGACGACGCGGCACUGAGAAGGCACGCUUUGGAUAGGGCGAGCAGCCCUGCUGCUGCAGGGGACCAGUUCACGAAGGAGUGUGCCGGGAGCCUGACUCAGCCACCUCCACAGCCUGUCCCACUGGACCCCCCUGAUGCCCCGGAUGGCAUGCCCAAGGGUGGUGAGGGGCCACAGAAGACAGUGACAUCCCACUCCCCAGGGACAGCUUGUCCUCCAGCUGACAUCACCUCAGAGGGAAAGAGUGUGUGUCAUCCUAAACCAUCUACCUCAGAAGCCAAGGAGACCACCUGCUUAGAGCCCCCGAUGGGAGGAGCACAUGUGCCAGAAGUUAGCAACGAGAGCACACCACGCUCUGCCCAGUCAGGGUGUGCUCUGACUUCAGCACCCAAGGACGCCCUGAGUGAGCCAGAAGCACAAUUAGAUCAGGAAAAGGGAGGGCCCAAGCCAGAGCUGAAAUCUGUCCAACCCUGGGCCCUGCAGGAGUUCAUGUCAGCCCGGGCCGAGUGUCUGGGAUGUCCCAAGGAAGACAGCGUCUUACUCCAAGAGAGAAAUUUGCCUGGCGGGGGAGCACAGCAAGAAGCCCCCACCAGGGCGGUCAGCAGCCUGCCCCAGCCCCAGAGCAGUGUCCACACGCCUGGAGGGCCAAGAGGCAGGAGCGUGCAGGACCAGAGCGCCGUCCACCUGGGUGAGCAAGGUUCUCUCCAGACCUUCCCCAAACCUGGCCUGGCUUCCUUGCGAGCUGCUGAUAAUCAGCUCCCCGGCAAAAUUUCACCAGUUGCAGCUGGGAAGCUGCAUGAAAGUUCAUCCAGCAGCAUGUCACCAGGUGAUGGUCAUGCAGCUUUUAUUCCUCGUGCCCCAGCUGACAGCAGACCCUCAGCUGCCAGCGAGGAGAAAAGGGUGCUGAGCAGUGGGAGCAGGGCCAGUGCUAUGGAUUUUACUUCAGAUCCUUCUGUUGGAGAGAGUAAAACUGGGGUCCCUGAGCCCCUUGACCCUCAGAGCAGCAGCUCAGAAGCCGGGGAAAGCAAAGAGGUCACUACAUCUGUUGCUGAAAAUAAGAACCUUCUAGAAAAUGCAGUUAAGACUGAAAGUUCCACAGCAAGAACUGAUUCUCCUCUCAGUGUCCCAACCCCUCUCCACCCAGAGACAACUGUCAGUGUGAGCCACCAGCCCAGCGCCAGUCUUCAGGACUUGAGUAUGUAUACAGGGUCACCCUCAGGGCCACUCUCGGCUGCCCCACCUCCCACUGACAGCUUGCAGUUGUUGAACACCUCCCCCAAAGUGCCUGACAAGAACACCUGCCCCAGUGGGAUCCCCAAGCCAAUCUCCACACAUUCUGAGGGUACACCUUCCUCGCAGGAGGCACUGGAGAGCCACCAGGUUGAAAGAACAGCAGAAAGGACAGAACCCAAGCCCAUCAUUUUGCCCAAGCCCAAGCACGUGAGGCCCAAGAUCAUCACCUACAUCAGGAGGAGUCCGCAGGCUCUCGGACAGGUGGACACCUCGCUGGUCCCAGUGGGCCUUCCUUAUGCUCCGCCCACAUGUAACACGGCUCUUCCCAAAGAGGAGAAGGUGGCAGGCAGAGACCUGAAGCCGGCUGCCAGCCUCUACGAGAAGUUCAAGCCAGACUUGCAGAAGCCGAGGGUCUUCAGUCCUGGGUUGAUGGUAUCUGGGAUCAAACCCCCAGGACACCAUUUCAGUCAGAUUAGUGAAAAGUUUUUGCAGGAGGUUACAGAACUCCCUGGAAAAGAAGAAUUUUGUUCUCCUCCCUAUGCACACUACGAAGUUCCUCCCACCUUCUACCGCUCCGCCAUGCUCCUUAAGCCCCAGUUGGGAUUGGGCGCGAUGUCCCGUUUACCUUCUGCAAAGAGCAGGAUCCUGAUCGCCAGUCAGAGGUCUUCAGCAAGUGCUAUCCACCCGCCAGGACCCAUGGCAACAGCUGCAACUCUCUACAAUUCUGAUCCUUCAGGAGAUUUAAAGAAAGCCUCCAGUUCGAAUGCUGCCAAAUCCUGUCUACCGAAGUCUGGACUUCGUCCUCCGGGAUACUCGCGCCUGCCCGCAGCCAAGCUGGCGGCGCUGGGCUUCGUGCGGAGCUCCAGCGUGACCUCGGUCUCCAGCACCCAGUCCCUGGACAGCGCGCAGCCCGAGCAGAGCCGGCUGGCUAACUGUUCAGCCUUUGGAAAUGAAGAGCAGCCUGCCCUGAAAGCAGCCCUGCCUUCCAAAGACGCACCCAAGGGAGCUGGCCGCAUGGCCCCUCUGGCGACCCCCAGUGUCACUACCCCCCGCAGGAGUUUGCUUCCAGCACCAAAAUCCACAGCCACACCUGCUGGAACAAAGAAAGAACUGCAAAAAGAUCAAGAUGCUAAUAAACCUGCUGUUUCAUCUCCGAAGAGAGCGGCAGCUUCAACCACCAAGCUUCAUUCACCAGGAUACCCCAAGCAGAGGAGCACGGCUCCCCGAAAUGGGUUUUCCCCCAAGCCGGACCCGCAGGCCCGCGAAGCCGAGAGGCAGUUGGUUCAGCGGCUGAAGGAGAGGAGUGAGCAGCAGGCCAGGCAGCUGGGCCUCGUGCAGCGGGAGCUGAGACGGGCCAUCUGCGGUUUCCAGGCACUCGCCGUGUCCACUCAGCACUUCUUUGGAAAGAAUGAAAGUGCCCUUGUGAAAGAAAAAGAGCUGUCAAUCGAACUUGCCAACAUCAGGGAUGAAGUUGCCUUCAACACAGCCAGGUGUGAGAAACUACAGAAGGAGAAGGAAGAGCUGGAGAGGCGGUUUGAGGACGAGGUGAGGAAGCUGGGCUGGCAGCAGCAGGCCGAGCUCCAGGACCUGCAGGGGCGGCUGCAGCUGCAGUUCCAGGCGGAGAUGACGCGCCUUCAGGAGGAGCACAGCGCCCAGCUGCUGCGGAUCCGGUGUCAGCACCAAGAGCAGGUAGAAGAUAUCACCGCCAGCCACGAGGCUGCUCUCCUAGAGAUGGAAAAUAACCACACGGUGGCCAUCGCGAUCCUGCAGGAUGACCACGACCACAAAGUCCAAGAAUUGAUGUCUACCCAUGAUCUUGAAAAGAAAGAAUUGGAAGACAGUUUUGAAAAGCUGCGGCUGUCAUUACAGGACCAGGUGGACACGCUGACCUUCCAGAGCCAGUCUCUGCGGGACCGAGCCAGACGCUUCGAGGAGGCUUUGCAGAAAAACACUGAAGAGCAGCUGGAGGUUGCACUGGCUCCCUAUCAGCACUUGGAAGAAGACAUGAAGAGUUUGAAGCAGGUGUUAGAGAUGAAGAAUCAGCAAAUACACCAGCAGGAAAAGAAGAUUAUUGAGCUGGAAAAGCUGGCGGAAAAGAACAUUAUCCUGGAGGAGAAAAUCCAAGUUCUCCAGCAGCAGAACGAAGAUCUCAGAGCAAGGAUUGACCAGAAUACUGUCGUCACGAGACAGCUGUCGGAGGAGAACGCCAACCUGCAGGAGUACGCGGAGAAGGAGGCCCAGGAGAAGAAGAGGCUGAGCCGCACCAAUGAAGAGUUGCUCUGGAAGCUCCAAACUGGGGACCCAACCAGCCCAGUUAAACUCACCCCCACGUCCCCUGUUUACCGCGGCUCCUCCUCCGGACCCUCCUCACCCGCCAAAGUGGGCACCACGCCCAGAUGACAACGCCACGCGGCCCUCGGAGCUGCGGCCCCUCACGCACCCGCGCUUCCACCUGGGGAGUCUUCACCAAGGCCGCCCCGCGCAUGCUCAGGAGCUGCUCAGCGGCGCCCUCCCCAGUCACUGCUCUUCCCUGGCGUUGCCACUGAGGGAAGUGUUCGCGGUCGUGUCUGAUGUGCAAACGUUGGACCGUAGUUAGAGCCAAAAGAAAGAAAUGCCAAUUGUUUUUGAGCAAUGAAUUUUCACUGCAGAAUUUCAGGUUAGUGACAGAUAGUUCAGUUUGGAAUCUAUACCGAAUAAUCAUUGUGUGCUGCACCGAUGUGUGUAGAUAUGUCAAUGAACGUAUCUGCACACGCGGUGGUUCUAAAUUGCAUUUUUUAUAACAUGAAGUGCUGACAUAUUUUGGUGAAGGUCAGCAGUUUUCUAACUUGUGCCUAAGAAUACUUGGGAAAUGAAAAUGCAUUUCUAUCUAGCUUCCCAGGAAUAUUUCUACCCAAAAUAGAAAAGAAAAAAAAAAAAGAUACUGAGAAGAAGCGCCUUUCGACCUGCCACCAAGUGGUACUGUAUUUAACACAAACACCAGCGACUUGUGAACGGUAACUGCCUUUGGAACAAUCAGCUUCUUAGUCAACAUGAUCUGAAGUCACCAUUAUUCCAUUCGCAGGUUUUAAUUAUCAAGGCUCCUGUGGUGAGCGGCUAAGGGAGCGCAGUGGGAAACCCUGCGGGGUUUGGCAGCUUUUUGGAUGUUUCGACAUGACAGUGAAUCAUCUAUAGUCUUGUAAACACAAGUUUUGCUUUUUUCCUAAACGGCAUCCUGGAAUCUGUCCUUCAGCUAUUGCUCCCUCGGGGGAAAUAUGGGAGAGAAAGCCCUUCUGGAGGGAGGGUGAGGAUGACCUUGGAGCUGACCAAGACCAUUCGCCCUGCGGCCUCAAGAGGAAAACUGCUGACAGGAUCUGUGCCCUGACUGAGCCCAGAGCAGGGACGCUCUGGCAGUCUAGGUGGUUUGCUCUGAUCUGAUGCUGCGAGUGGUCAACCCACCGAUAUGACCCUCAGGCCCCCAUUCAUAGCAAUCUCCCCUUCAGUUCGGUUCAGUAACUCAGUCCCAUCACUGUGCAUUGAGAUGGCUCAGGGGUUCUAGCAGGGGCUUCCAGAAAACCAGUUCUUCCGUCCUGGGGGACCAAUUCCACGCUGAGCUAGACCAUCCCUUGACCCUCCAUGAACCCAGGUAUAUUUUCUGCAGGAUCAUCGAGCAAUGCCACAGCUGACAGUGCUCCAUCUAGGACCCAAAAGGUCCUUCCACACAGAGGAGCCCACGGAAACUCCAGCCAGUGGUUACUGGCUACUGGACUGGCACCUGUCUCUGAAAUGGUAGAAUUAGAACAUGAGAGGUAUUCCUGUAGUGCUGUGGAAGGUUAGGAGCAUGACACCCAACAGGGAAGUAGUUUUAACAAUUGAUAUGAUGAUAAUGAUGCCUUUGUUUCCUGUUUGUGACAGAGACCCUGUACUUCCCUCCCUAAGGCCCCUGGAAAUUGUCCUGAGCACAGGGCAGUCUUUGAGUAUGACCAAGGCAAGUGGACUCAGGCAGGGUCAUCUGUGGUGGGGAAGAGACGGCCCACAGAAGGAAGGGGUCGGCUUGCCCAAAGGCCUGCCUGUUUCACUCACAUGAAGACAGACCUGGUCUGUGUUCCCUGCCUGAGUCAAGGUUGGGCUUCUGCUUAAGUUCCAUCUUGUUUCUAGCAAACCUCCAAUAGUAUCCGCCCAUCCUGGGGACAUACACAGUAGAUGCCCAUCAAAGGAACGUUUCUCCUCUCAUGGCUCUGCAUGAUACUGUGAUAUUGAGUCGGGCAUUCCAUUAGAGUAGAUUAUGCCAUGUUCACAAAGUACACAGUUAUGUCUUCUUUUAGCGGCACCACCUACAAACACAGUUUCAGCGGUAGCUCAGUUCUCCAAAUUAGGAACUGCGUCCAUAGGGACACCUGCUAAAUGCAGUUACACAGCAAUACCGACUCCAGUGUUCUGUUAGGAUGUGCUACAGCGUGUUAGCCUAUUGUGGCCAAGGCGUGGUGAUGUUAGCACUAAAUAAUCCCUCACCAGGUGGACUGGAGCUCUGCCCUGACCAGCCCUCACCUUGGGCACUUGAGCUAAUUCCUACAUUGCCCUGGCCUCAUCCUUCACCAUGGACUCCCGUCACCUCUGGCCGUUAUCCUGGAACAGGAGGGGUGGCAGCCAUUGUGCUCCUUCCGCCACUCCGCACGCUAUUAGGACUUGGACCUCUCAACAUGCAAGUCCUGUCAUCACGUCUCAGGCCGGAGCUGUUUCCACUUACAGAUGCCGCAGCUCCGCUGCCUCAGACAAACCCAUCAGACCUCACCGACCUUUUCUGAGCAUUUGGGAGCUGAGUGUGUGCCCUUCCCCACUGCCGGGCCCCCGAGCUGGGGCAGGAUUCUGGCCGGGUUUCCGAGAGAGGAGGGGUUGAUGGACUGGCACACUGGGUGUGAUUGCUUGAGUGGGGUCACACAUUCCUUACCCAGCCCCUACACUUUCUGUAUUGCAUAUUUGUGUUUGAAGCAUAUUAAAGUUAAUUUGAGGGAGCUCCCGUGACACGCACUUGAUGUAACUCUUGGCCUGACCAGCUCAGGCUUGAGGAAAUUAGGGCUGGAUCCAUAGCAGCCAGGGAGGUGUUUGGCAGGCUGGAUUUUUUUUUCUGUGUUUUGCCAGGGUCAGCCACUGAGUGUCCAGACCUCUUGCCCUGAUUCAGCAGGUCCAACGCCCCCCCACACCCAUAUUUGAAGCCCAGGAUCUCCAGGAGCCUGGCCCUGGCUUUCAGGGGCUCAGUGACUCUGCUCAGCCCGCUGUCUUUAGUAGGCUGGUGGGCUGGAGUCCGUGGGAAAGGGACACAAAAGAUUGAGUGCAAUUCCUUUACCAUCGAUUUUAAAUUCAGCCUUAGGCAGGGUUAUGAUUCUACCCCCAACAAAAGUUUGAUGUGUCCUAAAUCCUGCCAGUUCAUGCCUGGAUGGCCAUAGAGCUCUCUCAUGAGCAGCAAGGAGGAGCCCUCCUGGUGUGAUGGUCACAGACAGCAGUUCCUUAUCGUGCACAACGAUCUGUCAGGCUUUCUCAUGCCAACAGGGGA